UUUGAUCCUGGAGUGCAGUUGCCUGAGUGUAUCUGUGCCCUUUGCUCGUCUUGGCUGUCCAGCCUGAAGCCUCGCAUCGAUAAGUGAGCCACGCCAAAGCACCAAGCAAAAUACAUUGAUUUGCAGAAAGUUACAAUCCAAACCAUAAUGUCAGUGGAAACCGUCUUUAACACUGUUAGCAACACCCCUGGAUUGCUGAUAUGGAGAAUUGAGAAAUUGGAGUUGGUGCCUAUUCCUGAGAAGGCCUAUGGCAGCUUUUUUGAUGGUGACUGCUACAUCCUCGUAGCGACCCAAAGAGUUGGCAAUGGUCUCAAGCAUGACAUCCAUUUCUGGAUUGGGAUGAAGUCAUCCCAGGAUGAGCAAGGUGCAGCUGCAAUUUACACCAUCCAGCUGGACGAAUACCUGGAAGGAGGUCCAGUGCAGCAUCGGGAAGUGCAGGGACAUGAGUCAGAGACCUUCAAGGGUUAUUUCAAAAAUGGGAUCAUCUACAAGAAAGGGGGUGUGGCCUCUGGAAUGAAGCACGUGGAAACUAACAUUUACAAUGUGCAUCGCCUCCUCCACGUGAAAGGAAAGAAGACUGUCAUUGCUACUGAGGUUGAAAUGAGUUGGAAGAGUUACAACUUGGGUGACGUAUUUCUACUGGAUAUUGGCAAAGUUAUAAUUCAGUGGAAUGGACCGGACAGCAAUAGAAUGGAGCGGCUGAAGGGUAUGCAGCUCGCCAAGGACAUUAGGGAUCGGGAGCGAGGUGGGCGUGCAGAGAUCGGAGUGAUCGAAGGUGACCAGGAACAGAAAUCUCCUGAGCUGAUGAAGGUUGUAAUAAACGUUCUUGGGGAAAGGACCAAGAAAAUAAAUCCACCAACAUCUGAUGAAAAAGCAGGUCAACAACAGAGAGCCAACAUUAGCCUCUACCAUGUUUCAGAUGCUCAUGGACAUAUGGAAGUGACCGAAGUUGCCACACGGCCUCUCAUCCAGGACAUGCUGAAUCACAAUGAUUGCUAUGUACUAGACCAAGGUGGAACUAAGGUUUAUGUCUGGAAGGGAAAACAAGCUACAAAGGCAGAGAAACAAGCUGCUAUGUCUAGGGCUCUGGAUUUUAUUAAGAUGAAGAGCUACCCAAACACCACUAACAUUGAGACGGUGAAUGAUGGAGCUGAGUCAGCCAUGUUCAAGCAGCUUUUCAAAAAGUGGACGGUGAAGGAGCAAACGGUUGGCUUAGGGAAAAGACAUACAAUUGGUAAAGUUGCCAAGGUUAGUCAACAGAAGUUUGAUGCCACCUUAAUGCAUGCCAUGCCAGAGGUGGCAGCUCAAGAGAGGAUGGUUGAUGAUGGCACAGGAAAAAAAGAGGUUUGGAGAAUAGAAAACCUUGAACUGGCUCCAGUGGACCCCGAAAGGCAUGGCUUCUUCUAUGGUGGCGACUGCUACCUGAUUCUGUACACAUACAAAGUGAACAGGAAGCAGCAUUUUAUCCUGUAUAUUUGGCAGGGUCGUCAUGCCACUCAAGAUGAAUUGGCUGCCUCAGCCUAUCAAGCAGUCCAGCUGGACCAGAAGUUUGGUGAUGAACCAGUGCAGAUUCGGGUCACCAUGGGCAAGGAGCCACGACACUUCAUAACCAUCUUCAAUGGCAAAAUGAUCAUCUUUGAAGGUGGCACUUCAAGGAAGAGCAGCAACAAUCCAGAACCGCCUGUCAGACUCUUUCAGGUUCAUGGCACUGAUAAGUCUAACACCAAGGCAAUUGAGGUCCCAGCCUAUGCUUCAUCUUUCAACUCAAAUGAUGUCUUUCUUCUAAAGACAGAAACAAAUUGCUACCUGUGGUGUGGGAAGGGUUCCAGUGGGGAUGAACGUGCAAUGGCAAAAGAAUUGUCUGCCAUUGUUACUAAUGGAAAUGAGACUGUCAUUGCUGAGGGCCAAGAACCACUGGUAUUCUGGGAAGCACUUGGUGGAAAGAUGCCAUAUGCAAAUGACAAAAGACUCCAAGAUGAAAAUAUGGAUUUUCAACCUCGUCUGUUCGAGUGCUCCAACAAAACAGGGCGUUUCAUUGUUAAUGAGGUCACAAACUUCACCCAGGAUGACCUCAGUGAAGAUGAUGUCAUGCUCCUGGAUACUUGGGAUCAGAUUUUUCUUUGGAUUGGCAAAGAGGCUAAUGAGGUAGAAAGGAAGGAAACCCUGAUCACAGCACAGGACUAUCUGAUGACACACCCCAGCAGCCGGGACCUUGACACAUCCAUAAUCAUCAUCAAACAGGGCUUCGAGCCACCAACUUUCACUGGCUGGUUUGUGGCAUGGGACAUAAGCAAAUGGAGUGCAGGCAAAACUUACGAACAGUUGAAAAAAGAGCUUGGUGACACUGCGACAAUUAUCCAGAUCACAACUAAAUUGAAUGAGGUGGACUCAGACAGCAAGGUGGACUCAUACAAGUGCUAUCCUCCAGAGGCACUGAUUAAUAAACAAAGACAUCAAUUGCCUGAAGGCGUCGACCCGACUAGAAAGGAGAACUCCCUGACAGACCAGGAUUUCGAAAUGGUUUUCGGCCUGUCGAGGGAGAUGUUCACUGCACUUCCCAGCUGGAAACAGAUAAACUUGAAGAAAUCGAAAGGAAUGUUCUAAAAGGUGAUGGGAGAACUGGAUAAUGCUUGUGCCACUUCUGCCAAUAGAGAUUCUGCCUUCUGCAUCACUUACACUUUUGCACUGAGCCUUCCUGUUGCUAUAGUUUAGGGAAUGCCUUCAAACCACCUCAUCCUUCAGCAAAGUAAAACACAAACACCAUCUAUUGUGCAAAAGGUUGAACAGAAACCCAGUCAGCCAAUUGCUGACAAUUAUUAAAAAGGACAAACAUUAUUCAUGUCCACUCAGUUACUUAUGACUUAAAAUUAACUGACCCAUCGUAUCACAAAAUCUACAAUGGUCAUAUGGGUGGAACAUAGAGCAUAGAAACAAGAUUAAGCCAUUCAGCCCAUUGGCUUGUUCUACAUCUGUUAGUCACAAAAAGAAACACACUUUCUGCCCAAGUUAUCUUUUUGAUCAAUUGGCCACACUUCCCCAACUUUCUCUUCAUAUCCCACAAAUCCUUUCUUUUUCAGAAGCACAUAAGAAAUCAUGGAGUAAUAAAAGGAUCUUCAGCCCAUCAGCAUCACUUAUUCCACAGACCAUACAUCAUGCCAUGGACUCUAUGUCAUGCAUUUAAUCUGUGUGGUAAUUGAACAAAAUUCCCAAAUAUUUAUCCAGAUCCACAAUUUAACCUGACUUCCUGCUAGCAAGCUGUGGUUUGACUCCUCUGAUGCCCCAUUCGAUGAGUCUUUGUCACUUAGAAGUCACCAAAACAAAUGCCAGGGAGCACCCCAUAGGGAAGGAGAGAUGGGAAAACAAAGUGGCAUUUCCCUUUCUGUCCCCACCCUUACAGCCAAUGUUAUGUAUCUCUUAGUGACUGUGGCAGUGACUAUACCUACGUAGCAGAUCUUCAGCCUGUCUUCUUGGCUUCAGAUGAUAUAUGGCACAAGAAGAGGGGAGAAGGGGGAGCAACAAGAUAACAAAUUUCAUAAUCUCUAAGGACUCAAGGCAUACUCUAUGUAUAGUCUGUACCAUUAAUCACAGGCUAUUUUAAGUUCCAGCAGUAUAAUUUGGGGUCCCUCUGAGAUUCACAGGAGGCACAGAGGAGCCAGAGGAUCUUAGAAACCCAAGGGAUGGAGGUGGGUCAGGCAGUAUGCAGCUGAAGUCUAUGUAAGUCUAGCGUGAUACCUCGUUCAGAAUGUUUAAGCUCUGUAUGAUGCAAUUGAGGUGACCGAGGUGUUUGGGGUUGCUGAAUCACAGCUCCUUGCCAUCUCCAUGCCUAGUUAUCUCUUCAUACUGUCUGCUUCAACCCUCUUUUCUGGUAACAGCUUCCAGGAAGUUUAUCGUUACUCUUUGAGUGAAGACAUUCAUACCUAAUUUUCCAUCUUACAAGGUUUCAGCCCUGCCUCAGUGGGUAGCACUCUUGCCUCUGAGUCAGAAGGUUGCGAGUUUGAGUCUCACUCUAAAGAUUUGAGCCCUGUAAUCCAGGUUGACAUGCCAGUGCAAUGCUCAUGGAGUGUCAGAGGUGUCUUUUUUCAGAUGAGAUGUUAAACCUCUAAGGUGGAUGUAA